GGCGCAGGUGGUUGCCGAUCUGAAACAAAUGGCGGCGCACUUGUGUGACUGGUGUGACCAGACUCCGGUGUGACUGGCGUUGUUCGGUUGUUCGUACCGACGUUUGUUCAUAUCACAGCACCUUGUUUCCGUAAGAUUCGUCGCCUCUCCGCUUCUAUCCGUUGGCUGUAGACGCCCGAAAUGACUGCUCCAGGAGGAGGAGGGUUCUCGUUCGGAACUCCGCAAACCCAGGCAUCUCCGUUUGGCACCGCGUUUGGGGGACAGCCGGUUCAAACGAGCGCCACCGGUAUGCAAUCUGCGUUUGGGGCUGCAGCACCGACAGGUGGCGUGCAGCCCUUCAGUUUCGGCGCGACUCCGACGGCGACAGUUGCACCGACUGUAAUAGCACAGCCUUUCAGUUUUGGCACACCGGCCACCCAAACCGGCAUUGCCCAGCCCUUCUCUUUUGGGACCCAGGCGGCACAGGCUUCUACAACUCCGACAGGUGUGGUGCAACCGUUCUCGUUUGGCGGCGCUGCAACGACGGCUCCUGCGGCCUCCGUGGGCGUUUCCCAGCCUUUUGGUUUUGGAUUGACAGCCACCAGGCCGCAAACAGGAGGUUUCAGCUUCGGCGCCACUCAGCCCACGACGACCCAGGCUGUCGCAGCGACGCAACAGAGCACGUUCGGAGGACUGGGUUCUGCCGCUGCUCCGACCGCGUCUGUGGCGCCGUUUUUCGGUGGCUUCGGAGCCACUGCCACGCCGGCUGCCUCCACCGUACCGGCAUUUGGGAGCUUCGGAUCCGUGCCUGUCGCGACCAGCUCCGCUGCUCCGACCGGAUUCGGUGGCUUCGGAACGUCGACGGCUGUUGCUCCGACCAGUUUCGGCGGUUUCGGGGCGCCGGCCCCCACCCCGGCAUCCACGGCUCCGACGGGCUUUGGCGGUUUCGGAACGCUUCCGGCGGCGGCCACCUCCGCCGCACCCGUGGGGUUCGGCGGCUUCGGAACGGCGACGUCCGUUGCCACGACGACGACAACAUCGGCAUCUCCAUUCGGUGGACUCGGACUUAGUUCCGGCGUGACGAUCACACCGGUUUCAUCGUCUGCUCCGUCGACCGGUUUCGGAACUGCUACACCGAGUGUGUUUCCAGCAGCUCCAACCGGCAGUUUCGGCGUGCUGGCAACGACGGCUGCGACGCCAUUUGCAGGCGGUUUUGGCGUUCCGACGGCAACUACUGCGGCUUCGGUCGUAGGUUUCGGCAUGCCGGCAGCUACGACUGCGGCUGCAGUGUGCUCUGCCGUCACCUUGGUGACUGGCACAGCGAUGCCUUUCGGUUCCACCCCUUCCGUGUCGACCGGGUUUGGCGGGUUUGGCAUGGUGCCACAAGUGACCACCACGGCAACGACACCGGCGGCAGUGACACAGAGUGCUCCAUCCCUUCCAAUUGCUUUCGGUUCAGCGACCACAACGGCUGCCGUCACAACCGGCACGGCAACGACGACGGUGGCAGCAGUGGCAACCACAACGGCCGCUUCCCUCUUUGGUAGCCUCGGCGCCACGUCGGCACCAACCACGACGGCGACAACUGUUCCGAGCUUUGCCGGGUUCGGCGCCACCACGACCACUCCCCUGGCAACCGUGGCUAGCACUGCCUCCACCACCACGACCGCGACAACGGCCACGGCCACGACGACAUCUGCAACUUCCCUUUUCGGGGGGAUUCCGUUCAAGGCCGGGGCACCGGGGCUCCCCGGGUUUGGGCAGACAACGACAACCACCUCCACGGGCCUGUCUCUCGGCAGCCUGAGUGCGACGAGUGCUACGGGCUUCGGGCAGACCACGACACCGUCUGUAGCCGCCCCGGUGACGUCCACGACGACAGGUCUCGGCGGAGUGGACAUCCUGCCAGCAUCCAGUCUUCCAGGGUCAGCUGCUACUGGGAAAUCUGACAAGGCGGUGAAGGAAGCCUGCCUCCCCAACGAGAUCUCGCAAACAGUGGACGCCUUCAAGAAGUAUGUGACGGAGCAGAAAGAAAUCCGCGAGGAGAUCUCCAGGGUCUCCUCCCGCACCAUCGCCAAAGUGCAAGAGGAGACCGGUGCGCUUCGCCAACUCCUCUCUGCCGUGGAGAGCGGCGUCCAGCGCAACGGCGUCUCCGUGGAGCGCCUCAAACGGGAAACGUCCGAGGAUCUGAAACAUGCUGAAAUAGCACAUCACACCAAGGAAACGCCAGUCGCCCUGCAAUACGAGAACACUGCCCCAACACUUUACUUCCAGAAGCUUGUGACCAGCUUUGGCCAACAGAUGAAGCUGUACAAGCAGCAGAUUGAGGAGCUCGAGCAGCACUUUGCUUCGUUGUCCAGCACUUCGGUUCUCGCGCCAGAAGACCUGAUCACCAUGGUGAAUAAGCUGCACCAGACAUUCACGUUCCUGGCUGCCCAGCUUUAUUCCCUUCACGAGGCUGUUCAGAAGCGGAAAGAGGAGCUGCUGAGCCUGAGUUCUUCCGGUCCUGGCGGUUUCUCCCUGGAACUGAGAGAGAAGCAGAACAGCCCCAGCGGCUCAAACGUUUCGAUGGCAUGGGGUCCCACCCCAUUUUCCAGCCAGAGGAGCGACGCAGCCCUCGCCAUGGCUUCCGCACUGGCGAGGGCCGGGCAGCCGACCGCCAUUGGUGGUGGAAUCUUGGGCUCGCUCGGAGGCCAGCCUGGUCUGACAUCCACCGGAGGUUUGGUAUCGUCCGGCCUUUUCGGCGGUCAGGCACCCACGGGCACGUCCUCCCUCUUUGCCUCGGCGAGUCCCUUUAAAUCUCUAGGGGGAGACUCCUUUGGGUCGUCGACCACGGGCCAGACGUUCCAGCUCCAGAGGCCGCCGCCAGGCAACAAACGUGGCAAGAAAUAGCCUCGACCUCCGUGCCUUUUUUUCCGAAGCAGUGGCCUUACGAGGUUAUUGUUGUACGGCCUUUUCGUUUAUGCUCACCUUUUUAACUGUGGCGUGCCUAAUUGUACAAAAGGAAAGACACCAGGGACACUCGACGCCAUUCUUGCGCUGUUGUACCAUUUAUUGUAACUGUGUCCGGCACCUGCGAUGCGGCAGAUUAAAGGAGCUUUCUAAAGUAUGGCGGUUUAGACUUUGUAUUGUUAAAGCUUUUUAUGGCAAACUGCACUGUUUAGAAACUCGCGUGGUGAAACGGAUACAAAUUAAAUAGUGUGCCGAGUAUAAAAGGAGUGGGUGAAAACAGCGAAAGUUCAGUGGUUACCGCCAUUUGCGUGCAUCCAGACUUUCUCUUUUCGUUCGGUGCUCCCCUUUUUUUUGAAAGUCCGGGGACACUCAUUGUUGAUGAGACCAGAAAGCAACUGUUGUCUGGUCUUCUACUAACAUCAUCUUGGAGCUGACACUCACGACACCUCGGAUUUGAAACACGGCCUGUCGCGACGCCGAAGUUGUUGCAGCUUCUGCCCGUCGGAGCAUUGUCCCUCGAAGGCACUUAGUCCCUGUGUGAAUCGGUCGACUGGCGCCAUGCCUCAACGAGGAACACACAGGAGUGGAACCUGUAGAAGAUGACAAGCGGAAGCGCCACUCUGGAGAUGAUGCCCCAGGACACUGCUCCGUACAUGGCCAGCUGCUGCUGACUCACAAUGUGGUUCUGAUUGGUGAAGGUCUCCAGAAGCCACAAGACCAGGUUGCUGAACAUGAGGAACGUGACGACCUGAAGACCCGGCUUGUGGCCGCCGUGCUUCUUGGACACGACGCUGGCCGCGACUCGUUGCACGAACAGGGACUGGAGGCUGGCGAAGAUGACCAUGAAGGCACCGUCGAGGAGCAGGAGGACGUGCUCCGCUCCGUCCCCGAUCUUGGAUGCUCCGACCACGACGCCGAAGACGCCGUACAUGUAGACUGCCAGGAUUCCGAUCGCUUGGAGGGUGGAGUUGAGCUGAGUCAUCCUGCGGCGUCUGUGGUGCAUUCCCCCAACUCUGCAGAGUCCGACGGCUGCGGCCAGGAGAGAGAGUCCCUGCACCGCACAGUGGAGUGUGGUGACUGCGGACAGUGUCUCGGCUUCCAUGUUUUCGUUGCUGAGCACAAAGAAGAGGAUGAGGACGAUGAUUCCGGCCACCAGGACCAGGAGACCAAGGAACAGGCCCUUGCUGGAGCUCUGGCAGUCUAGGAACCGGAAGCUUCCGCUUCCGGAAUCGGCCUCAGUGCGGCCAUUGGAAGAGGAAUGGCGCUUCUGGUCCUUGGUGCUGCCGCCGCUGCUGCUGUUGCCCUUGGUGCAGUAGGAGAAGUUGUCCCAAAGAGUGUAGAUGACAACGGCGCCAACGACACAGUACUGGACGAUGAAGGGAGAUAGGAAGGGUGCAGCCUUUUUCCAGAUGGCACCGAUGGUGGAGUUGUGCAGGCAUCGCUGCAAUGUCAGCAUGCGUUCCAUGGGCAUGUUCUCUUGUGGUCGCCACAGGCAGUCCGACGUAACUGGAACAGGAGGGCAGGGACCACAUCUUUGCAAUAUAAUGAAGUGGGAAAAAAAGUGAACUAAUCUAAAUACUUAAUUAUUUUGUCUGAAUUAGCGACAAAUUAACUUUUUUAUGCAAGGAGCUUUUACUAAACUUCUAUACCAUAGAUUUGUACCAAAACAGUGUGGCAGAUUUUUUUCUUAACAGUUUUACUUUUUAACAGUUUACUUUUUAACAGUUGCACAGAGUAAAUAAUGUUUUGAGUGUGGAUAAGAAUGUUUAUAGCUAUUUGAUGAAUGUUACAACUUUUGUGGAGUGCCUGUGCAGCUCAGGUUGCACGAUUUGAUUAGCAUAUGUAGCGCAUGGAAAAUAGGCUGCAAAUGUUUCAGUUUGAGGUCGUAAGAAUCCACUGGUUUCCUAACACUUCCUAUUGUCCAGUAUGAGCUCAUUUCGAAUUGAAUGGUAUUACGAUUUCCCCAAGUUUUACUUUAACAUUAUAUUUGAUGUGAAUAUAUGUGCAAGUUCCGGUUAGCACUCCUAGCCUUGUAAAUGAAUUUUGUACGUCUUUUCAUUUUGGUCUUACUUUUUGGAGUGUGCUGUACAUUUUUCACUGAUAGUCGCCACUUAAAAUGUUUCAGCACAUGUUUUGACUGGCAGGCAUUUUGAAUGCUUGGUGCAAUUGCAGAUAUAGUAAUGAGCCCCAAACUAGCUUGGAGAACUUUGUACCCUAACCAUUAGACCAUGUCAGCUAUACAGAACUCUCCAAUAGAAUGACCUGAAAAUUGAUAUGCACCAAUCUUGUCUAAAUAAUUUUUUUUUUUUUCACAUUUUGUUUUAGUUUAAAGUUUAAACUACUAUGGCCUGAUGAGCAACAAGAGAUCUGCAACGUUUGGACAAAUAGAUGGCCACAGUUGGUGGUCCCUCAACCCCCAAAGUGAGCACUUGGUGUGUUUGUUUUCUUUGUUUUGUAUUGCAAUGCUUGAAUAGCCAAGGUUAUAGUUUCUCUAGAAUGCAUCUUGGUUGUGUGAUUGAGAGAUGCUGCCAAAGCUUUGAGCUUGUGCAUGAAUUCUUGAUAAAAAAUUGAAUAUAUUUGCUCUUCAACUUGCAAGUUGGAACACGGCUGGACCUGUGUAAAUAUCUCCGACAUGUUUCACUGGUCGUUGUUCAGAAAUCUCGAAAUUAAAGCUACACUCUUCAAGAAGUGGUCACUUCUAA